GUGUCUUGAACACACUACGUGGAUGGUGUAUGGAUGACACGUCGCCUCCUACUCUUCUUCAUACUGCCAGUAAACGUUUUAAGUAAUUCGAAGACGUUGUCAGAACGUAACGCUACUUCUAACAGUGAUUUUAUUGCAAUACUUCUUUCAUAUUAAAUAUAUUUAUACAACCAUAUUAAUACUAAAAAAGUGAAGUAAAGCGAAAUCUUUAUUUCGCGUCAUUCAGGAGAAACAACAGGUUAAUAUAGAGCAAGGUUCCCGUGAUCAUCUGGUACUCAUUCACGAAUUUAAGUUAAAAAUCAAAGUGUAUAAUAAACAAUGCCUGCCGCACCAAGUGCUACCUCGGUCGGAUACCCGGGUAGAUCACCGAGCAAAGUUAUAGCACCUAGAACAAGUGGUAGCGGUACUGUUAGGCAAAGAAAAACUACUACAACUACUGCUACCAGAAGCAGAAACACAGGUGCUGGUUCUGAUGGUAUGUGGAGGUUUUAUACAGAUGACUCCCCUGGCAUCAAAGUAGGACCAGUGCCAGUGCUCGUGAUGUCCCUGCUUUUCAUUGCAUCUGUGUUCAUGCUUCACAUCUGGGGCAAAUAUACAAGAUCUUAAGAUUAAAAGUGACUUUUAAUUAAUGAAAAGAACUGGAGCAUUCUAAGAAGAACACGUGGUAUAAUUAAAAGAAAAUUCGAAUCCUAAGCCAAUAAUACUCCAACGGGAAGUGUAAUUCAAGAAGGCUUACUAUAUUUUUAAUAUUGUUUCUUAAUUGAUUUAAGGAUAUCCGAGCCCCGCUCGUAUCUUGCAUUUUCAUAAGAUGGAUCUCUUGAACAAUGCACUUUUUAUCGCGAAACAGGGCAGAAAUUGAACGCGCGGUCAUAAACAUUACCAUUGUAAUCGUUUAUUUUCAUCGAACUGAAUUUUAUAACAUUUGUAAAAA